UGAUAAACCAAAGUACUCGAGUGUGGAGUUUUGGGGCACUGUCGAUUCGCGUUGUUACUUUCGCUGUCGAGUGUGUUUUGCAUUCGUCAUCCAUCGUCAGAAUGGGAAACUGCCUUCAAGGUUGCGGUUGUUGUCUUUUCCCUAGUCUGACCUCGUCCAACGAUGGGGUCUCAUUGCUAAGGGGAAGUGAGACACCACCACCAUUGUUGGAAUCCCAGUCGUCAUCAGAUUUGCAGCUUCAUGCAUCAUCCUCAUCAGGAAUGGCUUUUGGGCCACCACCUCCAUACGAGGAAUCCAUGCCCAUGUAUCACCCAACUCCCAAUGUGUCGAGACCAGCUUCACAGCUAACCGAAGAGGAGCAAGUGAAGAUCGCAAAGAGGAUUGGGUUAAUCCAACACUUACCCACAGGAACCUAUGACGGUUGCAAAAAGAACAGAGAAUGUGUGAUAUGCAUGGUGGAGUUCAUGGUGGGCGAUUCCGUUCGAUACCUCCCAUGCAUGCACACCUAUCACGUCGAGUGUAUCGACGAUUGGCUAAUGAGAAGUUUUACAUGCCCCUCUUGUAUGGAACCUGUCGAGUCGGCACUUCUCUCGACCUACGAAGCCAACUAACUCUAUUAUUUUAAAAACGCGUCAUCACUUCAUCAGUUUGCUCUCUAAAAGUGAGCUUUAAUCUGAACUGGAACUUCGCAUUCGACAAACCGGAGUAACGCGUCAUUUCAAUGAGUGAUAACUGGAUUCUUCUUUUUUGGUUCCUUUUCGAAAGUAUUAGAUUGCGGUCGAAGAGGAGACCUUUUGAGCAACGUUGUCCCUUAAGAGAGCCCCGUGUGAUAAUGUUUCGGUGAAUCGGUUGUUCAGAAAGAUCAGGAAAUUCUUCCGUGCAUCUGCUUUUUCGCGCCUAGAGCCCGUACCUCUGAAUUUGAUAUACAAAGCCACUUUGUACUAUUCUCCUUAGAAUCUUCUUUCUAUAUUUGCGGUAGGAGAAACAUUGUAUCACGAAUGCUAGUUUUUCGUUUCUUUAGCCGUUUUUCUUUUUGUUUUCUUUUGUUUUCUUUCCACGUCACUAGUCUCUCGAUUUUCAUUCUUGCGCCUACGCUCGUUUCGUUCUCAUUUUUGUUAUUGUUGCAGUGCUUAGUUUUCUCUUCUUUACGUUUCGCACCAUUAGAAUUAGUUUGUAGUCUCGUAUGAGAAUUAGGUCCUUCUAUUUUUUCUUCUUCUUUAUCCAUGGCUGCCUUGUAAUUGGCGCAUUACGCGCAAACACAAAAAGGCAUUCCAUUUGCGUUAUUCACUUUGCAGAUAUUUCUGAAAUACGCGGCAUAUAUAUUCUUACACGUGGUACGUCGGUGUAGUAAGUACGGUCUAUUAGUUUCAAAUAAUCAUCCUUAAUGAGGAGGGGGGGGCGUCUUUUCUUUGUAAUAGGAUUUCAUUUUUUAUUGUUUCAUCAUUUAGUGAAAAGUCCUUUUACUUUGGUGAUGAAUCAUAAUGUUCAAUGAACAUGUCCCGAGUGCUAUUCUGCUGGUGAGUGUCGUGCGUGUAAUAACUCCUUCGUAACGGCAAAAUGCUAGUCCAUCCCGUGUGUGAAUAUUAUUGUAGCGCGUUCGGGCGGCUUGGUUUCGAAAUCAUUACAUGUGUCGAAUCAUCGACGAUUGUCUUGACGAGUAGCCCGUUGAUUUUGUUCACACACAUUUGCCAUUGGCGGAAUUAAAAUCGGGGAAAUUCAA